CCCCCACCGAACUUCCCUUCCACAGGCUCCAACCAAUCGCACUCGCCCAUCCGUCUAUCCACGCGCAAGGCUUCAACUAUCGCCCGGAUCUGUCAUAGAUCCCUUUUCGAAUAUCCCAGCCGUUUCGGCCGCCUUGCUUUUACCGGAACCAUCAUACCCUCCAGACUGGCCCAAAAUGUCAUCAUCCUCGAAGACGAAGCUGGAUCAAAAGCUGCAAAGUUACACGCCACUUAAACCCACGGAUAAAACCAAGGAGUUCCUCCGCGACUUCUUCAAGACCCUUCCUCCUGAAGGAAAAGGGAAUCUGUUAGAGGACGUUUCAGAGUGUGCAGACGAUGAGAAGCUUCGGCAACUGGUCCAAAGUAUCAGAACCGGGCUGUUAAUUCCUAUGAAAGCACAGGGUGGAAAAACACCCACUGAAAUCACCCCCUCCCCGCGUCCUGGUGUUGAAGAUUCAAUCGAGGAUCUUAAGGGCCAAGACAUCGACUCUAUCAGCAGAAGCGUUCAGUCGCAACUCCGGUCCCACUGUUUAGAAAGAGACGGUAACAAAUGUCUUGCAUCGGGGUACUACAGUUACCUUCACCCCUAUCCACAAAACGCAAAAACGGCCCGUCUUGAAGCAGCCCACAUUAUUCCAUUUGCACUUGGAUCCUUUGAUGCAACGAGCGGCGAGGCUGUGGAUAGACACGCAAAGAUUUGGGUUAACCUCACGCGCUACUUUCCAACUCUUCGCCGAAUAUCCUUUACCUCAGAACAGAUUAAUUCAGAAAAGAACGUUAUGAUGUUAGACACCCUCAUUCACGCUGAAUUCGGACAGUUCAAGCUCAUUUUUGAGGCAACCGGAAUUGAUCACCAAUAUCGAAUCAAAACCUUUCCAGGAAUUCCGACAAGGUCAAUAGAGGGUUUACCCAGAAAUCGGCUUGUCAGUUUUCGAGUUCAUAAAGGACGUUGGGAACUUCCACAUCCUAAACUUCUCGAACUCCACGCUUCCAUUGGAAACUUCCUACACAUGAGUGGUCAGGCGGAGAUAAUUGACAAAGUUUUAAGGAAUUUUGAAGAUUGUGGUGGGCUUGCCCCGAGUGGAAGCACCAACAUCGAAGACCUUCUUGCAGUGAGCAAGCUCUCAUUACUGACCUCGAAUGUCGACGAAACGUCCCGGAAGUCCAUGGAUAAGCCACGUCCGAAGGAGGAGCAAGGACGCCUACAAGCGAAAUUUCCUGACACCGAGAAUCAGCCAUGGGGAUACUAAAUCUUAGGGAUGGUCGUGGGCGCAGGAAUUUGUGUCCUUCUCCAGAUGUUAGGCAAGAAUAAAAUACGACCCACAGACUUAAAUUUUGUUAAUCGAAAUAUUGUAGCAGAAGGGUUACAUGAUUACGAAUAUGCUAUAGUGAAGUACAAUUUUCGUUCACACCACUAUCCUGGGAGAACAGAUUUAUUGGGGGG